AUGAAUAUUGACCCCAGGAACUGUCUUCUGGUAACGGGGGUGCUGGAGGCAGUCGAUGAGGGCUCAAUAGAACCUAUGUUAAGGUCAUCCCCUGAGUACCUGUGUAAGUGCAAAAUGUGUGGGCACAUUUUUGUGAGGGAAGAGGGGGCUUUUGCUGUAUUGUGUGAGCUGCCCUCGGCUGUGGACCCUCUACAGGUUCCAGGCACGAAAGCAGUGGAUGAUGGUGAGUGGAAGGUAAUAACCACUGGGAGCCAGCCCUCACCAGCCCCUACUGCUGAUGUAGAGUUUUUAAAGAAAAUGUCAGACUUUUUGGGGAAAGAGGGAAAAACUUUGGCUGAUAUGCCGGGUCUGUUGGGCCUUAAGCCGAGAGCCCCACAACAGGAGACUGCUCCUUCACCUGAUGAGUGGGUGAAGGCUUUGGGGCAAGCAUUAGGGAAGGUCAUGCACCCCACCCCCGAGUCAAGCCUCUAUCGUAAACUGAGGUUGUUUUCUGGGGGUCCCACCCCAAUACCUGGGGAGGAAGCAUUUGAACCCUGGCUGGAGCACACCACAGAGAUGCUGCAGGAGUGGGCGGUGCCUGAGGCUGAAAAGAGAAGGCGACUAGUAGAGUGUCUCAGGGGGCCAGUUCUAGAUGUGAUUCGCACCCUGAAGCUCAGUAACCCUGGGGUCAAGGUGAGGGACUGCCUAGAGGCCCUGGACCAUGCCUUUGGGAGAACUGAGGGUUCAGAGGAUGUUUAUUGCAAAUUCCUCAAUGCCAGGCAACAAAAGGGAGAGAAGGUUUCUGCCUAUGUCCAAAGAUUGGAGAAAUUAUUACAGAGAGCCAUCAUGAGGGGAGCAGUAGCCGUUAAGCAAAUGGACCGGACUAGAUUGGCUCAGAUUUUGAGAGGAAUUCAAUAUCAGAACCCAAUCCUUCUCCACCUUCGAUUAAGGGAAUGGCAAGAUAAUCCACCAAGUUACUCUCGCCUGAUAAAAGAGGUCCGAGAGGAAGAAGAGAGGCAGGCAGCUGGCAAGGUUUGGGAGGUGCAGCAACACCAAGCAACUGGCACAACAUCCACACGGACACCCAAGGCACUAAUGGUGAAUCCUCAAGAGGAACUUACUCAGCGAGUGCAGGCCUUGACAUAG